UGUAAACUUCAAAUUUUUGGAGGGAAUUUCGUGGAAUUUCACAAUAAACAGCUGAAAGAAGGAAAUCAGGAAAACAUCCUUGUAAAUAGAGGAUUUCCCAGCAGGAAAAUGUACAAAAGCAAGCGCUAUCGCACGGGAACAGCAUCCCUAACGGGUCCAGCGAAGAAAGCAAAAUCAGACGCGGAAAAUCGUCCGGGAACAUCAACUGCUGGAAUCCUGACGCAGAGAAACAGAGCUCCAGCUGCAGAUGAUGAUGACGACAUAAUAUUCGGGAGUCAGAGCUCAAUUCCCUCAAGUCAGCCUCCGAGUCAGCGACGCUACGUCUCGCAACGAAGCAACAUGGUCAGCAUGUCGCAGAUGCUGGCAGGGCAUGCAGGGACGAAUGACAACACUCGCAUCUCGGACACGUACUACGAGUACGUGUUGCAGAAAUGCGGAACAAAGUGUGAUCAUCCGGACAACUACAUCAUUGAUUGCGAUCACAUUCAGUUUGUAAGUAAGAUCCGGAAUACGCUGCAGAGCAGCAUGGACUACCCUGGGAACAUUCCCAAGUUCAUCAAUGGCUUCAAGAGUGUCGUUGGGAAUGAUAAUCUCCUCUCGAAGACACUCAGUGUCUGCAUGGUGAGCCUCCCAACAUCCAAUGGCUUCCCCCAAUCUCAGGAGAGUCUCAUGAAGAAUCUCCUCAUGAUUGACUUCCUGCAGCAAGAUCUCCUUUCUGUGCUCCUCGAGCGCCUUCAGGAUAUGGCAAAGAAGGCGUCUGGAUGUGAAAUGUCUUCCUGCAUUCUCGUCAUGAUCCUGUCCCAGCUGAAAUUCAUCAAUAAGAUCAAACACGGAGAGAUGGUCUUCACGCGGAUCAUCACAGUCCUCGAAGCCUCCCCUAUGGACGUCAAGCAGACCAUUGUGAGGCAUCUGGAUGACGUCAUUGAGGCCAAGAGACACAGUGAGAUUAUCCGGAAGCUAAUGACAAUGUUCCCGGAGGAUGAGGAUAUCCUCAAUGAUUCCACACUGGAUGCUUUUGGGAAUAUGAGCCUCUCGACGCCCCUUCUGAGUGAGUUGAAGCAGAAAAUCUUUGAUUAUAUGGAUCGUGGAGCACCCACAGUGCUCUAUCCGAAAUUCAUGAAGCUCCUGCUGAAGUACAACGACGAGAGCACCCUAACUGACCUGAUCUACAACAUCCGGAGUCAUCUCAAGUGGGACGCUCAGGGGAAACGUCAGGAAGUCACUGCGAGCAAGAAGAGUGUGCUGAAUCUCAUAAAAAUCUCCCUAAUGCGCUCCACGAAGCUCAGUGAUCUCUGGAUCAAGUCCAUCAAAGGCUCCCCAACUCCGGAGGAGCACUUCCCGUUGGAUUUUGUCGUCCUCGUGCUCAUGAUGGAGGCAAAUGAUGAUCGUAGUGCCACCAUUGAGACGUUGAUACGCAAAAAGUUCUCCGAUGAACUCUUCACGCGUCGCUUCCUGCGGGAUGUUGUGGCACAAUUUCCGGAAUUUGUCGUAGAUAAUUUGGGCAUUUUCCUCGAGAUUGCUGAUCACUUGUUCCGGAGCAAGGAGAAGAUCUGGGAAAUUGGGAAGGUUGCCUUUAAGUUUGCCUUUGGCAUUGAUGCGUGCAACCGGAAGGUUAUCCUUUCGAAGCUUGUGGGGUUGGUGUGUGAGAAAACAGAACCGGAAGUGAAGACUCGUGCUCUGGUGAUGCUUAGUGAGAUUCGUGUGAAGUACUUCACAGAGCUGCAGAACAACGGGAUGCAAUUGCUGCUGAUUCAGGAGAAUAUUGGAGACAUUGGGCUGAUGCAGUAUCGCAUCCUAAUGGAUAUCUUGUGUUCCAUUGCCUACCCCAUGGCACCCAUCACAGCACCGGAAGAACUUGUCCAUGAGAUUGAUAUGCUGGUGAAGAAGCAAUUGGCCAAUAGUAGCAUCUCAGUGAUUCGUCUGGGAAUUGUGGGGGCAAUUAAGACAAUUGGGCAUCUCGUGUGGCACCCCACGGAAGACGAGGCCAGCGCAGGCUUCGAUCCCAACAAAACUGUACACUCUGCUGCGGAUUUCCCCAAAGGAGCUGUCCGGGAAGCAGCCCUGCUGUACAAUAUGGUGAUCAAAGUGGCCUCUGGGUGCUGUGCAGACUCCCUGGCCAUGUGCUACGAUGAACUAGCGCUGGCCUUCUCAAGCAGAAACAAUUUGGGCACAAACAAAAAGUUCCCCAAUAAGAUGUUCCUCAAUUGGCUGUCUGAAUCCCUCGUGGAUAACUUUACCAGCUACUUUACCAUCGACGGGGUUCCGUCGCACCACGAAAUGGACUUUAUCCAGAAGUACGGACUCAUUCCGGAGGAGGAGAAUGAGAGUAUGUCCAUCAACAUUGGCGGAUUGACCAUCAGGCCUUCUGAGAAGUUAGAAUCCUCAAUAACAGUCCUGUGUCCACUUUUCAACAUCCUGCGCGUCCUCCAGUUCCGCCUGGACAAGGGGAAUCUCGAGAGUCUCUAUGGGCUGUGUGGAUUCGGCGUAAUCCUCCCGCAGCACGUUGGCUCGCUCGAUGACAUUGAUCUCUUUGACGAAUUCGACGUAGCCACGAGUAAAUGUAUCCUGGACAUGUACUUCCACACAGCUAAUUGGUUCCGGGAAAUAAUUGGUGGCUUCUCGUGCCAACAAGUCCCGCAGAUUCGUCAGCAAAUCCUCACGCGUCUCACGGAAUUAAUUCGCAUUGAAGGGCAAAUCCGGAGGCUCCUUAAGCUUGCUCCCACCACCUACAUAGCCCCCAAUUCCUCAUUUAUUGCCACACAGGAGAGAAGCCAGGUGCAGGUGUUCAAGAAGCCAGCUCCUGUGAGAAGUGCUGCUGCUGCUGGUGGGGCAAGUACUUCCAAGCGAGGUGGCAGGAAGAAGAUCAGCGAUAAUUCCGAGAGUCAGGGAACCCUGACAGCAGCCUCAAAGUCCCAGGAUACGGUGAAUAUGUCAAGGAAUCGCUCGGAGAAGGUUCCAAACUUUGCCACAUCAUACGGACCACGGGAGAACUACCGGCAGAUGGAUUUGGAUAUUCUCCUCCUGCUGGAGAAUCAAUUUCUCACUGAACACACCCUCAGUGAGGGCAGAAUUGGCUCCGCCAUUGGGUUGCAGGAGUACAAGUUCAUCAUUGAGGAUCUUGUGCUGAAAUUGGAAUCAUUUGUCUCACUCCGGCGGCCGCUGUGCCAUCAAUUGCAGGUGAUCACAUCCCCGGAAGCCCUUGUGCACGAUCUUGUGGCAAUGCUACCGCAGAUUCAGCAGCAUUUUGCGGAGAUUGUGAGUGAAAUGGGACGCGCCAUGGAGGCAGCGGAACAAAUACUCGAGAGUCAUCAUCUCUACACGGAAAAUGUGAAUUCCCUGAAAGUUUGCUUUGCCAUCACGCUGCGUCUCUAUGCGACACUUUUCACCUGGACGGGAUUUGCUGAGCACACGGAUCUCCUGCAGCAGGGACUCUGCGUUAUUGCUGAGAGUGCUGAAACGGAAAUUGGCGCCCUGGCAUCGGCGGCCAUCCGGAAUGUUGUGAAGCACGAGAAGUUGGCACUGGAGAUCGGGAGUGCCCUGCAAAUGGUCUAUCUCGUGGCAACUCUCACCAAGUUUGCGGACAAUCAGGAGGAGAAUCAGGGAGCCCUAAAAAGUCUCCACGAGAACUUCCUCUCCAGGCAUUGGUACACAUGCACAGGAGCAAUAGAGCGUGGCUCGGAAUUCAAUGUCUUCCUCACGGAACUGCUGAAAGGUGUCUUCCGGUGUGGAGACUUUAAGCAGCUCAAUGCACAGAUUUUAUGGAUCCGGCGGGAGAUUCCGUUGCUGAAGAAUCGCGAUGAUACCCUCAAAACCUUCCCUGGGUUCACAAAGACCAACUUCACGCUCAUCUUCAAGGCACUCUGUGCAUCCCUCGUUGAUGUACUGAACCGGAAACUCAAUGAGAAGCUCUCCCACAGUGGAAACCUGAAGGUUUGGGAAGCAGUUGUGGGUGUCUUGGAUUCCCUGCGGGAGAUUGUUAGGGGAAUCAAUGGGCCAGGGAAUAAUCUCGUGUACCUGAAGAAUGCAAAUGCCAUCCUCAAGGCCUUCCUGCAGCACGGGAUCCCACUCAUUGAGAGUUGCCUGAAGAAGCGUCAGGAGCAGUGUAUGACGAUCAUUAGGGAUCUCCAGGAAACAACGAGAUUCCUCAAUAGUUUGUGCUGUCACUCCAAAUUGGCCAAUCACACGGCUGUGGCGUCGCAAAUUCCCCUUGUCCGGGAAACCCUGGAGAAGGUGGUUUUCCACGUUAAGCGUGUCCUGACCACAAAUCAGUGCUCCUCCGCCUUUUGGGUGGGAAUUCUGCGGAAUAGAAAUAUUCAGGGAGAGGUUAUUCCGCGGGAGAAGGCAAUGGAUGACAGUGCUUCGGAUAGAACGGAGGAUGACGUGCCGGAAGAUGAGGAUAUGUCAGAGAUGCUUGAGGAAGAGGGAAAUUCAUCAGAUUCAGAUGACUCAAGGAGUCGUUUACUGUAAUUUUCAGUUAAAUCUUUAUUCUCUCUAAAAUACAAAUAUAUUUGCUAAUUAUUCCAAA